UUAAAAUUGAAAGAGUUCCGUGUGCCAGAUGAUUAAAUUUUCCUUCUUCUUCUUCUUUGUCGUCUUUUUUUGGCUUAUAAUUCAAGACUGAAAAUCGAAGCUCGAAUUCCGUCGCCAUAAUAUACAGCGAAAAGUGAAACUUGUGUGGCUUUUGUUUUGACCAUUAAUCAUUUGAUUGCAUGUGGUGUACUGUAUGGAGACCAAUGAUGGUAGAGUUGUAUAUUCUUCGCUUUCUAAGAUAGAAAAAAGGGAGAAUGGUCAAUUUCAUUAUGAGGAUGAUGACUAUAGAGAACCUGUAUGGGAUGUGUUGGAAGACAAGAAAACCUACCCAACAGGCAUAAAAUCCUCCAAAAAAGAUUAUACAUACCAGUUUCCACUUCAAUCUGAAGACUUUAUUCAUGAAGGAUAUGAUUCAGGUGAGGAUCAAUGUUACUCUAUGCAAAGUAAUAAUAUGCCUCCUGAGGUGAACUUGAAAAAUGUGAUGAAUGGGAUAUUUGCAAUCAUAACUGGGCGGAACAAAGCUCCAAGUGUUUCCACGACUCAGCAAGAGUCCAGUUCAAAUGUUUCAUUUCUUGGAUCUGGGAAGAAUGGGGAUACAUACUUGCACUCCUCGGUGUACACACCGAGUGCGCCACCCCUUCUUGGGUCCGAUGGGAUUAGAUACAGUGCUUACAAAGAGGUUUUGGAAGCUGAUCCACCAGAGUGGCUUCCUGAUAGUUCUACUACCGUGUGCAUGCAGUGCACUGCUCCUUUUACAGCGCUCACGCUUGGUAGACAUCAUUGUCGGUUUUGUGGAGGGAUUUUCUGUAGAACAUGCACUAAGGGGAGGUGUUUGUUACCUGUGAAGUUUAGGGAGCGGAAUCCUCAGAGGGUGUGUGAUGCCUGCUAUGAUAGACUUGAUCCUUUACAAGGAAUUCUUAUUAACUCUAUUAGCAAUGCUGUGCAAGUGGCAAAACAUGAUGUUGUGGAUUGGACAUGUGCAAGGGGAUGGCUUAACCUUCCAGUUGGUUUGUCAAUGGAAUAUGAGAUAUACAAAGCUUCUAAUACAUUAAGAAACUACCGACAGGUUGCUGCAUUGAAUUCUGAGAGGUCAAUACCCUUAGCUGUUCUGAAAGGAGCCAAAGGCCUUGCAAUCUUAACGGUUGCUAAAGCCGGUGUGCUAGUUUCUUACAAACUUGGCACUGGUUUGGUUGUUGCUAGAAGGUCAGAUGGCUCCUGGUCUGCUCCAUCAGCCAUAUUCUCAGCUGGUUUAGGGUGGGGUGCUCAGAUUGGGGGUGAACUCAUGGACUUCAUAAUUGUACUCCAUGAUUCAAAAGCUGUGAAGACAUUUUGUAGUCGCAUGCAUUUUUCUCUUGGUGCUGGUUGCAGUGCUGCGGCAGGGCCGUUUGGGAGAGUGCUGGAAGCAGAUGUUCGGGCCGGAGACAGAGGUUCUGGCAUGUGCUAUACUUACAGUUGUAGCAAAGGAGCAUUUGUGGGAGUUUCACUGGAAGGGAACAUUGUUGCGACAAGGAUGGAUACAAAUCUACGGUUCUAUGGUGAUCCUUAUCUUACUACUGCCGACAUCCUACUUGGGAUGGUGGCCAGGCCCAAAGCUGCUGAGCCUUUGUAUGGAGCCCUUGAAGAUCUUUAUUCCAUUUUAGGCAGUUAGUUCUAGGUUUCGGCUGCUUGCGAAGCCUAUGACUACUUGGUGUGGCUCUCUGCUGAAAAGACUUGCUGAAUCCUGAAAAUUAAUUAAUUACUCAAUAUGUGAUGAAAUCAGUAAAAUUAUGGAUUGAAAAUUGAUGGGAAGAUACAGUUUAAAGAGAGACAAAUGAUGGUACAUAUAUGUUUUUAGUUUUCAUUUGAUCAAUGUACAGGGUGUCUGAAGUUGAAAAGUUUAUUUAAAUGUACAUAAUUAAAUUGGUAUUUGUAA